UUUCUAUAAGGAAGAAAAUUGUUCAUCCGUGGAUAUUAAAGAGGAAAUUCACCAUAACCUAAUCGUGAAUGGCAAAAAUGCCAUGUCCCCUACAAGUGUCCCUGCGGUCAACAUGCAUGAUGGGAGGACACUUCAGUGCACCACAUGUGGAAAGGUGUUUAAACAUGCAGAAUAUCUAAGGAGACACCAGAGACUUCAUACUCAUUCUGGUGAAAAGACUAACCCUUGUAAAACAUGUGGAAAAUAUUUUGCAACAAAAUACACUCUUCAGGUACACCUGAAAAUUCAUACUGGAGAAAAGCCUUUCCCAUGUACAGCAUGUGGAAAGACUUUUCCACGAAAAGCUGAUCUUCAGAGACACCUGAUCAUUCAUACUGGUGAAAAGCCUUUUCCUUGUACAACGUGUGGAAAGACUUUCAGGCAAAAAAGUGGUCUUCAGAAACACAUGAGAAUGCAUACUGGAAAAAUCCUUUACAAGUGUGCAACAUGUGGAAAGGAUUUCACUAAGAAAUGUGAUCUCCAAAAACACCAGAUGAUUCAUACAGAUGAAAAGCCAAAUACAUGUACCACAUGUGGUAAGUCCUUCAGAGAAGGAAGCAGUUUAAGGAGACACCAGAGGAUUCACACCAAUGAAAAGCCUUACCUUUGUACCACAUGUGGAAGAGCUUUUAGAGUGGCAAGCGAUUUAAGGAGACACCAGGUGUUUCACACUGGUGAAAAGCCUUACCAAUGUGCCACAUGUGGUAAGGAUUUCACAAAAAAAUGUGAUCUCCAAAAACACCAGAGGAUUCACACCAAUGAAAAGCCUUACCUAUGUACCACAUGUGGUAAGUCCUUCAGAGAAGGAAGCAGUUUAAGGAGACACCAGAGGAUUCACACCAAUGAAAAGCCUUACCUUUGUACCACAUGCGGAAGAGCUUUUAGAGUGGCAAGCGAUUUAAGUAGACACCAGGUGAUUCACACUGUUGAAAAGCCUUACCAAUGUGCCACAUGUGGUAAGGAUUUCACAAAAAAAUGUGAUCUCCAAAAACACCAGAGGAUUCACACCAAUGAAAAGCCUUACCUAUGUACCACAUGUGGUAAGUCCUUCAGAGAAGGAAGCAGUUUAAGGAGACACCAGAGGAUUCACACCAAUGAAAAGCCUUACCAAUGUGCCACAUGUGGUAAGGCCUUUACACAGGCAGGUAAUUUAAGAAUUCACCAGAGUACCCACACUGGUGAAAAGCCUUACCAAUGUGCCACAUGUGGUAAGGCCUUUACUCAGGCAGGUUAUUUAAGAAUUCACCAGAGGACCCACACUGGAGAAAAGUCAAUGUAGUAGAUUUGUCAGAUAUGGAUAAAGAAAAAAACAGUUGGCAAAGGUUUUUUUGUAACAUUAUUAGAAUGCUUAACAUAAUGUAUCUAAAAUUAUUUCACUGUUAUAACACGAAGGAAAAAAUGCAAUUUCUUGAAAGGUAUUUUUUAAAUUUAAAUAUCCUUAAGUAUCUUUGUGUGCUCUGACAAGACAAUGGUCCUGAAUACUUUAUUUCCCCAUUACCUUUAAGACAUACUUUUCAAUAAUAGCUAAAUAAUUAAACUGCUCUCUAUUUAAAAUAACAUGCAGAAAUUCGGGCCACCACUUAGAAACAUUGUUUUAGACAUCCUCUCAUGAAUUUAAGGACAUAUGUUAUUUUGUUUUUGAAGAAACAUGUUGUAUGUGAUUCCAUGUAAAAUAUGAGUGUAUUGCACUCUGUAAAUAUGUACCACUAUGGACUAUAUGUAAAUGAUUACCGUGUAUGUGGAAGUGACUGAGACCACAAGUGGAUAUAGUAGUAAAAAUAUUUCCUUUGUUGUGUUUGCCCAUGAAACAUGUUAUGAGUAGAUGCUAUUGUGCAUAUGCAUAUUUAUAUAUCUCUGACUGAGCCAAUGUAAUACCAUGCUGAGAAGAGAUUCUUGACUGUAAGGUGCUUCUCCUGUUGCUA